AUGACAGGCGUGGCCGGGAGGGCGAAAGAACCCCGAGUCUCAGGUUUGCUGCUCAUCAACUGCUGUGUGUCCUUGGGCAAGCUACGGAAGCUUUCUGGUCCUGAGUUCCUCAUCUGAAAAGGGAGUUGAUGCUGACAUUCACACCUCAGAGCUGCUGCAGACGGAGCGGACAGGCGUAGAGCAGACAGAGCUAGGGCUGCAAGCCGUGGAUUAAUAAUUACGUUGCCAUCCAUGUUCAUCACCGGCAUCCACACCAAGGAAGCCGGAGACCAGCUCUGCUUCCUCACAUGGCCACCGACAGGGGAAACCCAGGGUUUAUUGGGUUUAUUUUGCGGCACUGGGGGGGAUCAACCACAGUGCUGCAUGUGUGUUUUGCAAGUGUCCUCCCAAAGGCAGCCUAGCAUCACCCCGGGGACCACAGGGAUGCUUGUGGACACUCACGGGGACAGCAUGACAGGAGCCGGGCAAAGAGAGGCAGGUGCUUCCUGGUGUCAAGGCUUGGGGUCAGAGCUCUGUCCUCACAGUGUCAGGCUGUCUGUUGCUCUUUCCUGUGCGCCUCUUGAAGCAUGGAGCUCCUCGUCUAAAUCCACACGGUGAGUGGGACCCAUGUCUCGCUCUCUCUGCUUCCCAAGAGAACGGUUGUAGACAUUCCACCCUCUUUCCACCCUCUUUUUAGGUCCCCAGUGACAAGCCAAAAUCCAAUUCCACCAACAUCUGCCUGGGUGAGCGAUGAGUUCCUUGGUCCUACUUCCAGGGAUAGGUGAAGGGUUACUCACAGGAGAACGGGAGACAUCAUUCUAGCAUGGACGAUGACUUAGAAUAGCAGCAAAGAGGGUGUCCCCGUCUCAGCUGACCUUCCACAGUAUAUACAUACACUCUAGCAUCUCCUGUGGCCACAGGGCAUGUAGUUAGGAUAGAAUUGUACACAACUAGACACAAGGUGCGAAGAGCUACAACAUCUCAGGUGAGACUCCGGUGACCUUCCCCACACCCUCCUAGGAGGGCCUCUCAAGAGGCCGCAAAUCUGACCUUAAGGGUCUCUAGCACGAAGUCACACCUCCCUUGAUGAAACGCUUGGAGGGUGGCACCCUACCUACAACAGGGAGGCAGCGGAGGGGGUUGCCUGCAGCUCUGCACUAAUUGCACCUGGUUAAUUGAGUAAUUGGCAACGGAGUGUUUGGCACUACAAAGAGGGAGUGACUCUUCUUAGAGUCUCCUUCGGGACCCAUCACCUGACCCGAAUGGGUGGUAGGAUUUAACUGCGUAUGGUAGGGAGAGGCUCCCAAGGUGAAUUGGGUUCAGACUCUGAGAAGGAGGCUCACUGUUGGGGGAUUCCAAUUAUAUUCACUGUUUAAAGCCAAGGGUGAAAUCCGGCUCAGGCUUAUCUCCCCUGCACAUCACCUGGAGCUAGAAAUUCAGUUCUUGCCUUUAGCCAAGCUGUGAAAUGUCAAAGAGGCCCUGAGAGUCAUCUCUCGGCUAGGGGUCUGGCGUUCUCAAGUCAGAGACCUCAAUUUCUGUCUGUAACAAGAUAGCGGAGCCUUGUACAGGGGAUGUGGAGCCGCAGGGAUCUGUAGAGUACUCAAGGUGGGAGGCACUGAUAGUGUCCGUCCCAUGUCCCUAUCUGCCCCCACCCGAGCGGGGUGCAUUAGCAUUUUGCCUGGGUGGCUUGGGAUGAAAGAUGAGGACUUUACUAUCGCUGCCAGCCCACAAGAUAAAUGCUCAUUUUUGCUUUUAAGUUUAAUUAACUUUUACCUUUUAUUUUUUUAAAUCAGUGUGAGUGUCUAUGACAUGUUUGAGCUGCCUUUGGGGUCUAGAAGAGAGUAUUGGCUUUGAAUCCCCCGGAACUGGAAUUACAGGUGGUGUGAGCUGCCCAGAGCUGGUGCUGGGAACUGAACUCUGGUCCUCUGGAAGCUCAGCAAAUGCUCUUGCUAAGCCGUCUCUCCAGCCUGAACGCUCAUUUGAAAAAUUAUACUGGUUCUUUUAUUUUUUAUUUUCUUGACACAGGGUCUCAUGUAGCCCAGGCCGAUCUCAAACUCACGAUGUACCUGAGCUGACCUUGAAGCAAAAGCUGGCAGCCGUUGAGGGAGGCGGCCAGGAGAGGCAGGCACGCAGGAAGGAAGUUUCUGACCUCCUAUGUCAUGCCUAGACUCCAGAGCUGUGGGAGGGGAGCAUCAGGCAAUUAUCCUCUCUGAACCCAACACAGUUAUUAAACAGCACUGAAGCCUUUAAUUACCAGCGUAUUAGCAUACUACAAUGGGGAGCAACACUUGGUGGAUAACAGCCUAGGGCCUGCGGAAGCAAGGCCUGUUCUUACCACUAAUUAGGAGAAAACUGUAGAAGCCGGAGGAGGGAAUUGGUCUUUCCCGGGAAGAUAAUUGGAUAAAGAUUAGUUCUUCCUCCGCCCAUCACUUGCAGGCAGAUGGUAUCGUGCCUGAGAUCCGUUUGCCAAGAUGUUUCUGUGCAGCAUGUGAUGGUUGUGUGGAUGGCUAUAGCACUUUACAGUUUCCAAACCCAUUCUCUGUGCAUUACCACACUGAGUCCUAUGGCAUGGCCAGGACACCACUGUCCUCUUUUUUAUGGUGAUGAGACAACAGAGAGAGACUUCAGUGACUCCCCACAGCUCAGAGCUCUUGGGCAGAGGCGACUUCUGGGGUGCAAGCCCGCUGCUGGGAAAUUUGAAGGGUCAUGGGCUCCACUUUACCAACUGCAAUCCCAAGGCAAACCUGUGAUGCCUGCUAUCAGCCCGGGGCUCUGUCAUGAGUCAGGACAGAGCUUUAAAGCCAACUUUGUAAUACCCACCCUGCUGUGCCCUGCUGUGUCCUGCUGUGCCCUGCUGUGUCCUCCUGUGUCCUGCUGUGCCCUGCUGUGCCCUGCUGUGUCCUGUUGUGUCCUGCUGUGUCCUGUUGUGUCCGGCUGUGCCCUGCUGUGUCCUCCUGUGUCCUGCUGUGUCCUACUAUGUCCUCCUGUGCCCUGCUGUGCCCUGCUGUGUCCUCCUGUGUCCUGCUGUGUCCUACUGUGUCCUGUUGUGUCCUGCUGUGCCCUGCUGUGCCCUUCUGUGUCCUCCUGUGUCCUGCUGUGCUCUUCUGUAUCCUGCUGUGUCCUCCUGUGUCCUGCUGUGUCCUCCUGUGUCCUCCUGUGUCCUGCUGUGUCCUGCUGUGCCUUGCUGUGCCCUGCUAUGUCCUGCUGUGUCCUGGUGUGCUCUUCUGUGUCCUGCUGUGUCCUGCUGUGUCCUGCUGUGUCCUGCUGUGUCCUACUCUGUCCUCCUCUGUCCUGCUGUGUCCUGCUGUGCCCUUCUGUGUCCUGCUGUGCCCUGCUAUGCCCUGCUGUGCUCUGCUGUGCCCUUCUGUGUCCUGCUGUGCCCUGCUAUGUCCUGCUGUGACCUGUUGUGCCCUGCUGUGCCCUGCUGUACCUUGUCUCAACCCUACCCUGCUAUACAUACUUGCUAUGGACCCGGAUAUGGACUUGGGACUUUUCUGCCACUGUGCUCAGAGCCCCAAGGGCUGGAAACAAAGGUUGGUGCACAGGAGACCCUCUGCAUGUAUUUGUUGUUGAGCGACUCUGGGGGUGGCCAAGCUGGGAGACUUCAGAGCUGUCUUAGUUAGGAUUUCAUUGCUGUAAAGAGAUACCAUGACCACGGCAACUCUUAGAGAGGAAAAGAUCUAACUGGGGCUGGCUUACAGUUCCAGAGGUUCAGUCCAUUAUCAUCAUGACAGGAAGCACGGCAGUAUGUAGGCAGACAUGGUGCUGGAAAGGAGCUGAGAGUCCUACAUCUUGCAGCAGAGCGAGACUGUGUCUCAAACUGGGAAUAGCUUGAGCAUAUAUAACCUCUAAGCCCUCCUCCACAGGGAUGCACUUCCUCUAACAAGGCCACACCUACUCAAAAAAUGCCACUCAAACACAUGAGUCUAUGGGGGGGGGGUCAUAGCUAUUCUAACCACCACAAGAACCAUGGCUUCAUUUGUAAACAGAAAGAAAAGUUCACCAAGGGUUUCAGAGCCAGGAUCUCUGAGACUAGAAGCCAAGGUCAGAGGAGGACUCUGGAGGUCUGGCCAUUAGGGCUUAUCCUUAGAGUAGUUCUGAGAGACAUGGGGGCUGCUCUGUGGACCAACUGAGGCUGGGCUGUAAAUACCUCCCAGGAGGCCUAUGCUGGGCAUAGUGUGAAGCCAGGUGGAAUGGAGAAGGGGACCCCCCAUGAGGAACCUCCAUAAUGUUAUAGGAACUCAGAGUCACAAGGAGGUGACUGAAGAGCCUGCCUCACAUACUGUAUGCUAUGGGGGACAGCGGGAAGCCUUUGGUGACCUGUGACCUCGCUAAGGAGCCACCUGCCAUGCUGUAAUACACUCUGCCAGCUUCCGUCUGCCUUGGCUUUGCCAUGGUAGGUCUGUGUCCCAGCCUGCUCAUCUUGUGGGACUAAGAUGAUGGUUUAUGCUGAGAACCCUGCAUAGCCAUAAAAGUUAAGUGUGUUUAUACGCUGCAGGGACCUGCCUGCCAACAGAGGGAAGGAAGAACAACUUCAGCCUUUAGACAGCCUCCUAGAGAUGGAGUCAGGACCUCCAAGCUCUGGGUGGCACCA